AUGAAAUCGGAAGUUUGUCAAAGGUCUUCUCACAUUCCAGCAGAAGCACUCCCGAUGGAUCCAGCAUGUGAUCCGGAUCAUCCACGUAAAAUCACUUUCUCAGACAUUUCCAGUGCUGCUUUCAAUACUAAGAAUGGAUCUCCCAAUCUCUCAAAGAUGCUUGGCAUGGAUUUAUACUUCAAAAAGGAAUAUCUUCAAGUGACAGGAUCGUUUAAAGAGCGUGGUGCCCGCUAUGCCCUUACCAGACUUACAAAGGAAGAAAGGGAAAUAGGCGUUAUAGCCGCUAGUGCAGGCGAUCGCGUUUCUUUCUUCAAGGAAAAACGGCGCGAUAUUUCAUGGACAACGCAAGCAUUCAAAUACAAUACAAUCGGAAUCCAUUUAGGCAAUCACGCACUUGCUCUUAGCUACCAUGGACAACAAUUGAACAUUCCCGUAACCGUUGUAAUGCCCGUAUUCGCUCCUUUGAUGAAAAUUGGGAUGUGUAGAUCUUAUGGGGCAAAUGUCAUUCUCAAAGGAGAUAACAUCGGGGAGGCGAAAGGACACGCGAUGAAAUUAGUGGCCGAGAAGAAGUACAAGUACAUUAAUGGUUAUGAUCAUCCAGAUAUUCUAGCUGGUCAAGGGACAAUUGGUUUGGAGAUUCUUGAGCAAGUCCCCGAUGUUGAUGCUAUUAUUGUACCAGUUGGGGGUGCUGGUUUAAUUGCGGGCAUUGCGGUAGCCGUGAAAACCCUUAAGCCACAAGCAGUGGAGUCCGAUUCAUGUCCUUCGUACACUGAAGCAAUCAAAGCGGGAAAGCCUGUCAUGGCAAUCUGCAAAAGUACCUUAGCAGACGGCCUUGCCGUACCUAUGGUUGGUGGGAACGCUUUGGCUAGUUUAGAAGGUUUAGUCGACAAAUCAGUGGUAGUGUGUGAAGAAUCAACUGCAUUGAGUAUUUUAAGACUCAUCGAAAUGGAAAAGGUUAAUAAUUUGAAAGUCAAAUUGGGAAUCCAAGCCGCCGUCGUAGAAGGCGGUGGUGCUGUUGGCUUAGCAGCACUGAUAAGUGGACAACUCCCGGAACUUCAGGGGAAAAAGUAG